UCCUACUGCCGCCCCCCGCCUCCCGCCUGCUGCUUCGCUCGCCAUGCCGUCCAAUGGGGCUGUCGACACCAGAAGCCCCUCCGCCGACCGGGAGUCAGCUGACGCUCACAAGCAGGGUGAAGAGGACCCUGAUGAGAACCGCGGCAAGGCGGAGAGGCCAGACGCAGGGAUCCCCGCCAGGAAAGCAGGUCGUCCCGGAAGGAAGCGCAGGCAGCCAGUGGUGGAGAGCGCAGAAGCCCCCAAAGACACAGCCUCAGCACCCAAGUGCCCCCCGCCUGCCCACAACACCAGCCCCGUGGAGCAAGUGCCCAAUGGAGAUGUCGGGAUGGGGAGCCCCGAGAACAGCAGCACCGCCACAGACCUGAAGGGCCGGCAGCCCAGCGAGGACGAGGCCAGCAGCCUCCCGGAUGGGGAGGUGGGGGGGCGGGCCUUGGAGAACGGCCGCUGCACCCCAAAGGACAGCCCCGACCCGCCUGCCAGCGAAGGCAAAGAAGAAAAGGAGGAGAACCACUACAACUCCCUGAAAAUGGAGGGAUCUCGCGGCCGCCUGCGAGGAGGAGGCCUGGGCUGCGAGUCGAGCCUUCGCCCCCGGCCGAUGCCGCGCCUGACCUUCCAGGCGGGAGACCCCUACUACAUCAGCAAGAGGAAGCGGGACGAGUGGCUGGCGCGCUGGAAGCGGGAGACUGAUAACCCUGCGGCAGCUCAGCUCGACAAGGCUGAGAAGAAGGCCAAGGUCAUUGCCGGGAUGAAUGCGGUGGAGGAGAUGCCCCCCAGCGAGCCCCAGAAGGAGGAGGAGGCCAGCCCCCCGGCCUCGCAGCAGCCCACGGACCCCGCCUCGCCCACGGUGGCCACCACCCCGGAGCCCGUGGGGCCCGAGGCCGUGGACAAAGGCAUGUCCAAGUCGGCCGACGACGAGCCGGAAUACGAGGACGGCCGGGGUUUCGGCAUCGGGGAGCUGGUCUGGGGGAAGCUGCGGGGCUUCUCCUGGUGGCCGGGACGCAUCGUCUCCUGGUGGAUGACGGGCAGGAGCCGAGCCGCAGAGGGAACGCGCUGGGUGAUGUGGUUUGGCGACGGGAAGUUCUCUGUGGUGUGCGUGGAGAAGCUGCUCCCGCUCAGCUCCUUCUCCAACGCCUUCCACCAGGCCACGUACAGCAAGCAGCCCAUGUACCGCAAAGCCAUCUACGAGGUGCUGCAGGUGGCCAGUAGCCGGUCAGGCAAGAUCUUCCCCUCCUGCCCGGAGAAUGACGAAACCGACACGUCCAAAGUGGUGGAGAUCCAGAACAAGCAGAUGAUUGAGUGGGCCCUGGGGGGCUUCCAGCCCUCUGGCCCCAAGGGCCUGGAGCCGCCAGAAGAGGAGCGCAACCCCUACAAAGAAGUUUACACAGAGAUGUGGGUGGAGCCGGAAACUGCUGCCUACGCCCCCCCUCCCCCCGCCAAAAGACCAAGGAAAAGCACAGCGGAGAAGCCCAAGGUCAAGGAGAUCAUUGACGAGCGCACCAGAGAGCGUCUUGUUUUCGACGUCCGGCAGAAGUGCAGGAACAUUGAAGAUAUCUGCAUCUCCUGCGGGAGCCUCAAUGUCACCCUGGAGCACCCUCUCUUCAACGGAGGCAUGUGCCAAAACUGCAAGAAUUGCUUUUUGGAAUGCGCCUACCAGUAUGACGAUGAUGGCUACCAGUCCUACUGCACCAUCUGUUGUGGCGGCCGGGAAGUCCUCAUGUGUGGCAACAACAACUGCUGCAGGUGCUUUUGCGUUGAGUGCGUGGACUUGCUGGUGGGCCCUGGCGCUGCCCAGGCGGCGAUCAAGGAAGACCCCUGGAACUGCUACAUGUGUGGGCACAAGGGCAUCUACGGCCUGCUCCGGCGGCGGGAAGACUGGCCCUCGCGCCUCCAGAUGUUUUUCGCCAACAACCACGACCAAGAGUUUGACCCACCAAAGGUUUACCCCCCGGUCCCCGCCGAGAAGAGGAAGCCCAUCCGGGUGCUCUCGCUCUUUGACGGCAUUGCCACAGGUCUCCUGGUGCUGAAGGACCUGGGCAUCCAGGUGGACCGCUACAUCGCCUCGGAGGUGUGUGAGGACUCCAUCACGGUUGGGAUGGUGCGGCACCAGGGCAAGAUCAUGUAUGUUGGGGACGUCCGCAAUGUCACCCAGAAACACAUACAGGAGUGGGGGCCCUUCGACCUGGUGAUUGGAGGAAGCCCCUGCAAUGACCUCUCCAUCGUCAACCCCGCCAGGAAAGGCCUUUACGAGGGCACGGGCCGACUCUUCUUUGAGUUCUACCGGCUGCUGCACGAGGCCCGGCCCAAGGAGGGAGACGAGCGGCCCUUUUUCUGGCUCUUUGAGAAUGUGGUGGCAAUGGGCGUCAGCGACAAAAGAGACAUCUCUCGCUUCCUGGAGUCCAACCCGGUGAUGAUCGAUGCCAAAGAGGUCUCAGCAGCACACAGAGCCCGCUACUUCUGGGGGAACCUGCCCGGCAUGAACAGGUUGGUCAGAGGUCUGGCGCCGACACCCAGAAACCCGCCACUGACAAGGAAGCGGCCGUUGGCUUCAACUGUGAAUGAUAAGUUGGAAUUGCAGGAGUGUCUGGAGCAUGGCAGGAUAGCCAAGUUCAGCAAAGUGCGAACCAUCACCACUCGCUCCAACUCCAUCAAGCAAGGCAAAGACCAGCAUUUCCCCGUCUUCAUGAACGAGAAGGAAGACAUUCUGUGGUGCACCGAGAUGGAGAGGGUCUUUGGCUUUCCGGUCCACUACACCGACGUCUCCAACAUGAGCCGCCUGGCGAGGCAGAGACUCCUGGGUCGCUCCUGGAGCGUGCCAGUGAUCCGCCACCUCUUUGCCCCCCUGAAGGAGUACUUUGCCUGCGUCUAAAGAGACACCCGCCCUCGGAACUGGCAAAGCAGAGGAGGAGGAGGAGGCGUCUCAAACACAACACCCCCCACC